CGGUGGUUGCUAUAGUGACGCUUCUGUAAACGGCAGCUGACCGGAGUCGGAUCAACUGAUCAGCAACCUGCCGCUGUUCAUCACCGCGAGUAAACAGUCGUCAUCAUGACAGCAGGAGCGGUGUCAGCUCCACUCAUCAUUCCCAUCGUCCUGCAGACACACAGAGCCAAGAACCACAUCGACACCAACACACCUGUCUCCAUCCAGUCAGACACUCCAGGUGUGCUGAUCUUCUACACCCUGGAUGGGUCGAAGCCGGUAGCGGUGCAGCGGGGCUCAGCGGGCAGCAGCAGGAAGUACAGCGAGCCCAUCCUGCUUCCUGCUGGUCGAGUGUCUGUCAGAGCUGUGGCUGUCUCCAGUGAUGGCAGACAGAGCUCCACAGUGACGAAGGUUUUCUCCGUUGAACUCACUGAUUCACACAGCAGGAAGGAGAUCGAGGAGAACUUCCUGUUUGAUGACCAGCAGUGUCCGAUUGAAGGAACGUCUGGUUCUCCUCAGAACUCUGCAGGUUCUUCACUGAGGCCUCCAGAGCCGAGGAUGAUGGGAAAUGGCUCGCCUCAUUCAGGUCCUCGUUUCCUGAACAGUCGACUGGGCUCUCGGACCCCCACCACAGCCAAGACUGGUUCCCCCCAACGUUCCCAGUCAGAGAGCUCAGGUGUGCUGAAGCAGCUGAGCAGCACGCAGACGUCCCGGAUCCACCGAGAGACCGACUUCCUGCGGUGCGCUCAGUGUUUGAGUUUCCGACCGUCAGACCCGUUUGCUCGGUUCUGUGCUCAGUGUGGAGCUGUGGUUCCUCCGUUACCUGAGCAGAGACUGCCCCCUGCUGAGGGAGGACAGACGGUGCUGUGUGUGUUCUGUAACGCUGUGGUUCCUGUCAACACUCACACCUGUUUGAUCUGUGACGCCUCCGUUCAGCUACGACCACAGGCCAGACUCACACUGCAGGAUCAUGUGGUGUGUGUUACCUGUGGAAGUGGGAAUCCAGCUCACGUCUCCACCUGUCUGACCUGUGAGAGCCGCCUGCAGCCGCAGGUGUGUGUCGGUAACAGCGCCCCCUGUGUCCCAUCAGCAGACGGCAGGAUGUUGUCCUGCUCCAGAUGUAAACGUAUAAACCACAGCGACGCCAGAUACUGUGACUGGUGCGGCUCCAAGCCCGGUCAUGCAGCGAGCUGUGUGACGUGUUGGCAAUGUGGAGCGAGUGGACACCCGUACGCCUUCUACUGUACAGCCUGUGGCGUCUACCUGGAAGCUCCGGCCCCGCCCACAUCCUGCAGUGACAUCACACGACCUGUCAGGGCCACCACCCCCAAACAGGCUUCAAUCUCGACUUCCCAUAAUGCCACCUGGCAGGCCACGCCCUUGUCUGAUGCCGCUCCCAGUGUGAAGAUAGCCCCGCCCACUGUUGAUCAGUGCACACAGACGGUUGGACUCUAUUACCCAUCAGCCACCGAGCUGCACAAGAAGGACCAGCAGAGGGCACGACAGCUCAGCAGACAGCAGGCGACCAGAGACCGCCAACCACUGCUGACCGCCAUCAGCCCGGGCCGAGGUUACUGGAGGAAGCAGCUGGAUCACGUGUGCGCUCACCUGAGGAGUUACACUCAGAACAACGCCUCCUUCAGGACUCUGCUGGGAGAACCUCAUCUGGGCCGGAUGGUUUCUGCUGUGAUUCGAGAAGAUGGAUAUGAAGUCAGUCUGACCAUCAGCUUUGUGUCGGCCAGACGGGAAGAGAAACAGGUGGAUCCUGAAGGUGGCGCUGCAGCAGGUAGUGGUGUUGGAGCAGCAGGUCGGACUGAGACACUGAGUAGCGUCACAGAGAGGUUUGCCGACAGUAAGAACGGUCUGAUGAAGCCCCCAAAACCAAACCUGACGCCCAAACCUCCGGUGAAGGACAUUCAGCUGCUGAAGGAGCUGGGUCCAGGUCGAGGUCAGAUCAGCGUCAUCCAGCAGCUCCUGGAUCAGGGGGCGGACCCCUCCUGUUGCGGCAGCGAUGGCCGACACGCCCUGGCAGUCGCUGUGGUGAACAGUCACCGUGAUGUACUUCCUGUUUUGGUGCAGCGAGGAGCGGAUGUAGACCAGCAGUCCGGACGGAUGAAGAACUCCGCUCUGCAUGAAGCUGCAGCUCUGGGCUCUGAGGGUCUGCAGUGUGCCGAGGUCCUGCUCAGCUGCAGGGCCAGUGUGAGGCGGAGGAACGCCGCCGGUCAGACGGCGUACGAUGUGGCAGUGAGCUCCGGCUCUAACGACAUGGUGUCUCUGCUGGCUGCUCGGACUGGACUGGACCUACUGGGCAAACUGGGAAAACCCAAACUGAACCUGGACGUUUUCUGACCGACACACUGAACGUCCUCCGCUGGUCUUUAUAUGAAGCUCCUCCAGAUGUUGUGAUGUUUGUACAGAUGUUUUAUUAGAUCAAUGUAAUAAAUAAAAACCAGUGAUUGUUGACUGACGUCAGUUUUUACUGAUCAGCACUCGACCUGUGAAUCAGUAAUAAACUGAUCUCUAAACUCUCUCUGAUGUUCAGUUUUUAAACGUGUUUUAACUGAGUGAAGACUUUAACAGAUCAAACAUACUGAGCUCAGUAAUCUGAUCCAGACUGACUGGAUGUAGUCUGUGUUUAUUCCCAUUAAUUCCCAUGGAAAGUUUUUAACCUUGAAAAUUCCUUUAAUUUUGCAGCCCUAAUCGUAUUAACUGGUUUAUUAAUGUUUUUGUGUUGACGCUCCAGUGGAAAAUAAACUUCCUCUGUACAUCCUUUCCUCUUUAACCGUGAGCGAUGUCCAGAACUCUGCAAACUCCGAGUCGCUCUCCCUGAUGUUGUCGACGCCCAGUGGGAAGUCCGACAGCUGAUGACUAAUGGUGAACCUUCAUCACUCAGUCACAGACAUUCACAUCUCUACGACUAAAAAAACUAAAUCAGAGUUAAAAGUGUGUUGUUGUUUAGCAAUGAUAUUCAGUAUUUUACAGCCUCAAGUCUGUCACACGACUUGUUUUUAAAUCAUUAUUUUAUUUUAAACAGUGUUUGAGGUAAAAACACAAACAGCUGUGACUCUGUGUGAAAGCUGCAGCAGCUGCUUCUCUCUCUGCCUGUAGAGGGCGACAUUUCCAGCUCACAGCUCCCCCUGCUGGACACACUGCUGACUGCCCACGAGUAUAAAACCUAAAACACGUUCCUAAACUUCACCUCGGCUUCAAUGAUUCACAAACAUUCAGAUGACAUUCAUAGUGAAGAAAAACUGGUUUUUGUGGGAAACUGAAGGAAAUGAGACAAAAACAAAGUCCAGACA